AUGGAAUUUGAUGGAAGAAGGGAAGUUCAAAAGACUUUGGCUCUAAUAAAACCAGAGGCUGUUGCGAAGGGAUAUGAGGAUGCAAUUAUGGAGAGAAUUAUUGAUGAGGGAUUUACAAUUGUGAGGUGGGAUAAGAUGCAUUUAUCUCAAGAGAAGGUUCAAUUAUUUUAUAGGGAACACGAAGGAAAAUCCUUCUUUCCAACACUUAUUGAAUAUAUAACGAGUGGACCUUUAAUUGUUCUUGUUUUAGCUAAGCAUAAUGCUGUUCAAGCUUGGAGAGAUUUGAUUGGACCAACUGAUGUUGAAAUGGCAAAGAUUUCCUUCCCUAGAUCAUUGAGAGCAUUGUACGGAACAAGUAAAACUUAUAAUGCUUGUCAUGGAAGCUCAGAUCCAGAAGCAGCAAGAAGAGAAGUUAAAUUCUUUUAUCCAAAUAUCAAUACUGAUCCAAUACUUACUAAUUCCGAAGCCAAUCAAUACAUUAGAGAAAAUUUAGAACAAUAUUUAGUGGACGGAUUAACAAAGUUAGCAAAAGAAAAACCAAUCAAUCCAGUUGAUUGGUUAGCUCAUUGGAUCUUGGAUAAUAAUCCUAAUAGACCUAGAAUAGAGAUUGAAGAAUAA